UGUGCUCUUGGCAAUUUGUGAUGCUAAACAAAAACUGCUGCAUUUUGUACAAGCUGGAGCUUUUUCAGGGCUUAAUUGUUAUAUGUGUUGCAAUAAUCAAGCCUGGAGUUCACGAAUGGGAUAGGAUAGUGCACAGUCUUUUGGUCAGUCACAGAUAGUUUGGGUUUUUUAAAUUUUGUGUUGUGUGUGUGUGUUUUUUUUUUUACUGCAGUGGCUAUUAGGCAUCCAAUAACUUUGAGAAGUCCAGUUGAUCCCAAAGUUGUAGACCAACUGAUCAGUUUGUGGGGAGAUGCUGUCAUUAGUGAUGGAUGGUAGAGGUGGUGCUGUUUCUUCAGUGGACUUCCUUCUUUCUUCUAGCUACACCUGUGUUCGGCUUUAGCCAGCCGCUCUUAGCCCACUGUAGAUUUUUGCCUAGGUGUUGAGAAAGCAAGGUGCUGUUUACAUUCAAUAUAAAGGAGAUUUAGAAUUGGGCAUCAUUUCUGCACUGCUGGCAUUUGGGCUGUCUUGCCAGAUCUCCCAGCAGCUUUAUAUUGACAUGUUAUAUUAUGAGGAGGAAAGGAUUCAGCCUUGUGGGACAUUGUAUGUGAGGACUUUGGAGGUCUAGGCACAGUUUCUGUAACAAGUCUCUGGUUUUGCUCUGAAAGGAGGCUCCUAAGGCAUUAUGGGGCAUUUCUACAACUUCUUGGAAGUGAGACAGGCGCACCUGAUGAUCCAUGGCCUCUAAUGGGAAAUCUCCAGCUGGAACCCCCACAGACUCUCUUUCCUCUUCUGCUGGACUGUGGAACCACUCAGCUAAUUAACCAACCAAUCAGUAUUAAUCACAACUCCUGGAGCCAAGUGACUGAGCUGGGAAUGUCUACCUUUUUUAAAAAAAGAAAAUUUCUACAUAUUAUGAUUGUGGAGACCAUCUUGAAAAUCCUUUGACAUUCAAAAUAUGGCAAGUUGUGAGGAAGAUCAUUCUGCUGGAAUUUUCUGCACAGACCAGCAUUUUGAUUGCGUCAAAUUUGAAACCCUGUCUGAGAAAGCAUUGCUUCCACUACGUCCAAAAAAGGUCCCAGAUAUUCAAGGAAAACAGAAAUGUUUUAUGUUUGCCCUCAGUGUUCUCUAUCUCCUUCUGUUUGCCAUUGUCUUCGUAAUCAUCAGACUAGCAGUUCACGUAUCCGAGAUGGAAAAGAACCUGAAGAAUGACACUAACCUAGUUAGUGAGAAUAACAUACAACGGUGCUUCAAUGGAGAUUCUCCUGGCAAAGCAAGAGAAGGAAGAGAAGAGCAGAGAAAAAUCAUCAUCGCUCACACUGAAGCUUUACAUCAAAUUGCCAAAGAGAUUUCAGAGCUGAAAACUAACCUUCACCAAAAGUCAGAGCAUUUCCGAAAUCUAAGCACAGCAACUGAACAAAAGCUCUGGGAGGCUGGCCUUCAGAUUAACACCUCAGCCUUAGCAAUGCAAGUUUUUCAGAGGCUGAUAGAAGAUAUUCAGAACUCAUUUAGGUUUCUGAAUUUGACAUUAGCUGAUGUUCAGUCUGCUGCAGAAGACAGGAACAAUAAAUACACAGGAGUGUUUCUUAAACAGCAAGAGGCUAUCACAAACCUGUGGGAUCAUUGGUACAACACAUCAGCAACCAUUGUUACCAUAAAACAACAACAAAGCAAUCUGGAGCAGGACAUUAAAGGGCCAAAAGGGGAGAAAGGAAAUAAAGGAGGAAGUAGCAGCACUAUUGCAAUAUCUCCAGCUUCCAGGAUUCAACUUGUAGGAGGACAGGUUCCUAAUGAGGGUAGAGUGGAGAUUUUUCAUGCUGGAGAAUGGGGUACUAUCUGUGAUGACCACUGGGAUAUUCAUGAUGGAGCAGUGGUCUGUAAGAGUCUGGGGUAUGCAGCAGCAUCUGGAAUUCACAGUGGUGCCUAUUUUGGACAAGGUACUGGUCGAAUAUGGAUGGAUGAGGUUCUUUGUUUUGGCUAUGAAACCUCUAUUGAAAAUUGUAUGUUUAAAGGCUGGGGUGUGACAGAUUGUAAACAUAAUGAAGAUGCUGGUGUCACUUGUAAAGUUUAAUUCGGUCUGGAUUUAAACUGAAAGUUAUUCAUAAACAGUUUCAUAAAUAGUUUUGAUUUUUUUAUUUGGCAAGAAAAUUUCAGAUAGAAAUAUAUUGAAUAUUAUCAGGAGAGCUGAGCAUUUUGGGGGAAAUAAUCAGCAUUCUAAUCACUUUAAUACACCAAGUUGGUACAAUGAAUGUAAACCAAUAUCAUAUAACAGCUGUUCAGUAUUGAGUAGUGGUCUCAGUGUAUUUCUGACUGUCCAGACAUGGAAGCAUCCAUAUUACAAAAAUCACCAUCAGAAUUGAUGUCCUUGUUGACAGUCUCGGCUUAAAAAUUCUAUAAUUCAGUUGAUUGAGGUGACUGACUAAAGUCAGAAAUGUGUCACUCAAAAACAGAUUGGGGUAAAUAUGCUCUCAAUGCAAUUCCAUUGACUUCUGGAGAUUUUCACCUGGGAUGAGUUUUGAUGAUAGAGUUCAAGUAUAUACAAAAAAUAUGACCCUUACACAAUUAAAUAAAAUGCCUUCUCUAUUGAAAAAAAGAGAAAAAAGCUGAUCCACCUGGCUCCAUAGUUUCAUUCCAAUCUGUAAAUAUCAAAUUUUACCUUCAGAGAUGCAAUACUCCCACUGAAGUUAAUGAGAGUAAUAUGCAUAUGUAACAGGUAUGUAAGGAUAAUAACAGAUCUUAAAUGUCGAUAGUCACCUACUGCAAGCUCUCAGAGUUAGAGAGGUAUGAAUCUAAAAGGAUUUUGAAGAAACUAAGGUUCUGAUUUUGUAGGCACAGAGGUUUAAUGUUAAGCUUGAAAGUAAUCCUGCUGAAGUAUUUAGGAUUCCUCACAUGCUUAAAGUUAGGCACAUAUAUGUGUGUUUGCAGGAUCAGGGCAUAAUUUACAGUAGUAUAGGCCCAAAGAAUACAUACUAGUGGAUCAGGACCAUGAUGAGAUGUUAAGCAGGCAUUUAAUAUUUAUAUAAAUAAAAGCAUAACUAAAUGACAAGGACACGUCAUUUAAGGCCUUGAUUCACGGAAGUACAGAUACUUAACUUUAAGCAUAUAAGUUCCAUUGUUUUAAUGAGAUAAGAACAUGCUUAUGUAAUGUCCUAAAUAGAGAUGCUUUCCUUAAUUGAAGCCUUACGUAUUAUUCUAUUUGUAUGUAUUUGACUAAUAAA